AUGGCGGAAUACAUUUGGAUUGAUGCCUCAGGUGGUGUUCGUUCGAAAACUAAGACCGUCGACAAGAUCAUCAACUCGCCCACCGACCUCUCAUAUUGGAACUUCGACGGUUCGUCAACAGGUCAAGCCCCCGCUGGCAACUCAGAUAUUGAGCUCAGACCCGUCGCCAUCUUCCCUGACCCGUUCCGCCGAGGAGACAACAUCUUGGUUUUAUGUGAGACCUUCGACUCAGAUGGUUCCCCCAACCAAUAUAACUACAGAUAUGAGGCUGCCCGGUUAAUGCGAGCCAACGAGCAUGAACACUUCUGGUUUGGCUUAGAACAAGAAUACACUCUUCUUGGUCCUGAUGGUUGGCCAUAUGGCUGGCCUAAGGGUGGCUUCCCAGGUGCCCAGGGCCCAUACUAUUGCGGUGUUGGUACUGGAAAGGUGCACUGCCGUGACAUUGUUGAGGCUCAUUACAGGGCUUGUCUUUUUGCCAAGAUCAACAUCUCCGGUAUCAACGCCGAGGUCAUGCCCGCCCAGUGGGAGUACCAAGUUGGUCCUUGUGAGGGUAUCGCACUUGGUGACCAACUCUGGAUGUCCCGUUUUAUCUUAAGCCGUGUUGCUGAAGAAUUCGGUGCCAUCAUCUCGUUUGCUCCCAAGCCUAUUCCUGGUGACUGGAACGGUGCUGGUCUUCACACCAAUGUCUCGACAGAGGCCAUGCGUGCUGAAGGUGGCAUUAAAGUCAUUGAAGCCGCUAUGAACAAGCUUGAAGCACGCCAUUUCGAACACAUUGCUGUCUACGGUGAAGGCAAUGAAGACCGCUUGACUGGCCGCCAUGAAACCGGCAGCAUCGACAAGUUCAGCUGGGGUGUUGCAGACCGUGGUGGCAGCAUCCGUAUCCCCCGUCAAGUUGCCAAAGACCGCAAGGGCUACUUUGAAGACCGACGACCCGCCAGCAAUGCCGAUCCUUACCAAAUCACCGGCAUUAUCGUCAAAACUCUUUGCGGUUCUUCGUAA